AUGACUGUCAAUGAAUACUACUCUAAGUUCAUAGAGUUAAUGAGGUUUGCACCUGAAAUGGUUCCAACUGAAAUUUUGAAGGCUCAACGAUUUGAGCAAGGGUUGACCUUGUCCAUUCAAGGGAAAUUGGGAGGGGCUAACUUUAAUAGCCUUGAUGAAGUGUAUGGGAGAGCUGCCCAUCUAUUCGGGAUCAAGGGAAGAGAGCUGGAAGUGAAUCCUGGAGAUAAAAGGAAGGGUUCUUGUAAUGGGUUUCAAGGUGGAGAUAAACGUAAAAAGACUAAUGGGGGAUUCAAGCAAGGAAAGGAUGAUAAAAGUAAUGGGAAUAACAACAAUCGUAGUCAAUCUGAAAUUGGAAAGUCCAAGAGAGUCUACUACUGCAAAAGAUGUCCAAGAAACCACCCAGGGAAGGAUUGUGAAGGAAAUCUGAAAGACUCAACAUCGGCAAAUCCUAAGCCAACCCAGAAUCAGGGAGGUAACGGAAACAAAGGACUCCAACAGCAAGCGGUGACCCAUAAUCGUGUUCCUCCUAAGAAUGGGAACGGAGGAGACAAUCAAGCUAAGACAAAUAAUCAAGGUCGAGUGUUUGUCAUGAGCAAUCGUGAGGCUGAAACGACUGCAGUGGAGAAACUUAAGUUGGGAAAACCCGAACUUAUAAGCAUGGAUAUAGUCAUACCUUCUGGAGAUGUCAUUAACGUUUCUAAGCUAUAUAGAGAUGUUUUAGUGACUAUAGCAGGGGUAGAAUUUCCUUCAGACUUAAUUGAAUUCGAGUUAGAUGACCUAGAUGUUGUUAUGGGAAUCGAUUGGUUGGGAAGAUUCAAAGCCCAAAUAGACUGCAGAGCCCAAACAGUGACCUUGAAAGGCCCAAAAGGAGUCAAAGUAACCUAUAGAAAAAUCAGUCAGAAGCCCAGCCCAAGAAUGAUUUCUGCUAUGCAACUCAAGAAUUGUAUAAGAAAGGGGUAUCCAUUGUACUUCUGUAAUAUACAAAAGUUGGAGGUAGAAAAAGAGAAGAUGGAGAAUAUUCCCGUAGUUAAUGAAUUUCAGGAUGUCUUUCCUGAAGAAAUCCCUGGAAUGCCUCCAAUAAGGGAAGUGGAGUUCACCAUAGACUUAGUGCCUCGAAAUGGCCCAAUAUCUAAAGAACCAUAUCGUAUGGCUCUAGCUGAAAUGAAUGAGCUUAAAACUCAGUCAGAAGAGUUAUUAGAAAAGGGCUACGCAAGGCCCAGUGUAUCCCCAUAG